CACCUCCGCCGUCUCCUUUCUCAGCUGCUCUCCUCUCCUGACUCCUCUCACCUACCCUCCAGAUCGGGUCGUAACAGGGCGUGGCGAUGGCUCUGGUGAAGCUGUACGGCAUGACCAUGUCGUGGAACGUGACGAGGUGCGUGGCGGCCCUGGAGGAGGCCGGCGUCGAGUACGACGUCGUGCCCAUCGACUUCGGCGCCGGCGAGCACAAGACCCCCGACCACCUCGCCAGGAACCCCUUUGGUCAGAUGCCAGUUCUGCAGGAUGGUGACUUCUACGUCUGGGAAUCGCGUGCUAUUUGCAAGUACACAUGCCGCAAGAACAAACCGGAGCUGUUGAAGGAGGGCAACCUCAAGGAAUCAACAAUGGUAGAUGUGUGGCUCGAGGUGGAGGCCCAUCAGUACACGGCCGCACUGGAGCCCAUUAUCCUUGAGUGCCUCGUCCGUCCUAUGUUCAGGCGAGCCACUGACCAGAAAACUGUCGAGGAUAACCUUGUGAAACUGAAGAAGGUGCUGGAGGUGUACGAGGCGCGCCUGACCAAGUGCAAGUACCUGGCUGGAGACUUCCUCAGCCUCGCAGACCUUAACCAUGUGUCUGCUACCGCAUGCCUGGCGGCUACACCCUACGCUUCUUUGUUCGACGCGUAUCCGCAUGUGAAAGCCUGGUGGUCUGGUCUGAUGGCGAGGCCGUCCGUCCAGAUGAUCACUGCACUGAAGAAGCCGUAUUUUCAGAAUAGUGUCUAGCACAGUUUUCACCGGGAUCCACGAAAGAAGCCGGGUUGUCUC